CAAGUCCCAGAAUGCACCACAACUCAGACCGAUAUGCAGCAGGGCAUGCUGGGAUCUCUCCUCUUCCCAGCCAUUGAGGAAGGAAGGGCUGUGGUGGAUGCGGUACUGCGGAGCGCUCUCGACGGCCCGGUUCUCUUUCGGUCCAUGUCCCACUAUGCUUUCCUGUGACAUAUGUGGUGAGACAGUAACCUCAGAACCAGAUAUGAAGGCUCACCUAAUUAUUCACAUGGAAAAUGAAGUUAUCUGUCCAUUUUGCAAGUUGUCAGGUAUAAAUUAUGAUGAAAUGUGUUUUCAUAUUGAAACUGCUCAUUUUGAGCAGAAUACACCAGAAAGAAACUUUGAGAAGCUAAAUGCAGUACAGUAUGAAAAUUCAGACAGCAAGACCAACACCGUGCAGAGUACAAUGGAAGUUAAUUCAAGUAUUCAUUUGGCUUGUGCAUCUAAUUUUCCAAAAAAUGCAACUCAGAGCCUUGCUACAGAUGGGAAUUUAAAACAUGAAGCUUUUUAUACAGAGAAUAUAACUGAAUUUAAAAAGUACUUGAAGAGCAAGGAAAAGCAGUCUGGAUUAUCUGAGGUCCAAGGAUCAAUGUAUGAAACAACAUAUAGCCCUCCUGAAUGUCCAUUUUGUGGAAAAAUAGAGGAAUGUAGUCAAGAUAUGGAAACUCACAUGAAAACAAAGCACGCCGGUCUUUUAGAAGCUCCAUUAGAAGACUGUCAUCAACCACUCUAUGACUGUCCCAUGUGUGGGCUUGUCUGUACAAAUUACCAUAUUCUCCAAGAGCAUGUGGACUUGCAUUUAGAAGAAAGCUGCUUUCAACAAGGCAUGGACAGAGUCCAGUGUUCUAGUGAUCGAGAAUUAGCUCACCAGCUUCAACAAGAAGAAGACAGGAAGAGGAAAUCUGAAGAAUCAAGACAAGAACAGGAAGAAUUUCAGAAGUUGCAGCGGCAGUAUGGUUUAGAUAAUUCUGGAGGAUACAAACACCAGCAGCUACGACAUAUGGAGAUAGAAGUAAAUAGGGGAAGAAUGCAUCCAUCUGAAUUUCAUAGCAGAAAAGCUGACAUGUUGGAAUCAAUAGCUAUUGGUAUUGAUGAUGGAAAAACAAAAACUUCUGGAAUUAUUGAAGCCCUCCAUAGGUAUUAUCAGAACACUGCCACAGAUGUGAGGUGUGUGUGGCUUUCUACAGUGGUGGAUCAUUUUCAUUCAUCUUUUGGGGACAAAGGUUGGGGUUGUGGCUAUAGAAAUUUCCAGAUGCUACUUUCAUCGUUACUGAAAAAUGAUGUAUAUGGUGAUUGCUUGAAAGGUAUGUCAGUUCCUUGUAUUCCAAAAAUUCAGUCCAUGAUUGAAGAUGCAUGGAAUGAAGGUUUUGAUCCUCAGGGAGCCUCUCAGCUUAAUAACAAAUUACAGGGAACAAAAGCCUGGAUUGGAGCAUGUGAGAUUUAUACUCUUCUGACCUCUCUGAAAGUAAAGUGCCGCAUUAUUGAUUUUCACAAGUCGACUGGUCCUUCGGGUACACACCCUCGCUUAUUUGAAUGGAUAUUGAACUAUUAUUCUUCAGAGAGAGAAGGGAACCCAAAGGUUGUGUGUACAUCUAAACCUCCCAUCUAUCUCCAGCAUCAAGGUCACAGUCGAACAAUUAUUGGAAUUGAAGAGAGAAAAAACCGAACAUUAUGUUUACUAAUAUUUGAUCCCGGAUGUCCUUCUCGAGAAAUGCAGAAACUAUUAAGGCAAGACAUAGAAGCUAGUAGUCUGAGGCAGCUGCGGAAAUCUGUGGGAAAUCUGAAACAUAAGCAGUACCAAAUCGUAGCUGUAGAGGGUGUCCUUUCACCAGAGGAGAAACUUGCCAGGAAACAAGCUUCUCAAGUGUUUACAGCAGAGAAGAUUCCUUGAAUCAGAUAUUUCUGUGGUUUUGUAAUUAUCUUUUUUCUGCUACUGAUACAGUUGAAUUUGAUUUUGCUUAAGUCCUUGAUAUGAUAUUUAAGUAAUAAAUGCCUGUUAUCUUCUCCACAUAUUAUCGUCUAGUACUUAGUUGAAUAAAAUACCUUGUUUGCAUUGUUGGUUUUGAUUGCUGAUCCACAUCUCAGAAACUUGUCUUAUAGUUAUAAGCUAAUGUGAAUUACUUGUGUUAGCAUUCUUAGUACUUAGCAUCUUUUAGUAGGUUUAAUUUAAAAUGGUUGAGGCAAGUACUGUUAUUAUUAUUAUAUAACUUUUUAUUGAUUCUUUGUGAGUUUCACAUCAUGCUUCACAGUCAGGCUUAUCUCUGUGUUCCUUCUUGUCUACCUCUCACCCUUGCAACCCACCAAAAAAAAAACACAAACAACAGCAACAAUAAAAUCAAAGCAUGGAAAACA